AUGAUAACUUUUCAAUUAAGUAAACAAGAAAAAGUUGUGAAGAGCAUUAAUUCACCUUCAAAUAAUAUCAGUCACUGUGCUUUUCUGGCAUGUUCUCAUUCUCCUCAAUGUACAACUCAAAAUAAAACAUGUUGUGCAUAUAUUCUCAAGCACUCACUUGUCUUCAUUGAUACUUUUUUUAAACAUCACAAUUUGUCAUAUGUAAUUAUCUAUGGUACUCUUCUUGGUGCUGUGCGUAAUAAAACUAUUAUUCCUUGGACAAAAGAUAUUGAUAUUGGCAUUAUUGAUAUGACAUAUCUAUUUACUAAGAAAAUUCGUGAUGAACUCUAUCAACAUGGAUUUCAUCUCUUCGAAAGUUUCGGCCUACCUCGUCUAUGUGUUCAUAAAAAUAUUUCUAAUAGAACGCUUCUUGCUACAUACGAUAGACGACACAAGCCACCCGCUUCAACCCUCGAAUUAAAAGUUUAUAUUGAUCUAUAUUCCAUGUAUAGGAUAUAUGGUGCACAAACAACAUCGAAAACUCCUGUAUUUUUAAUUAAAACUGGUGGUUCAUUUCACGCACUUAUUUCUUUUCAAAAUAGGGUCACAAUCGAUGAACAAACUUUUCCUACUAUUGAUAAUAUUGAAGAACAUCUUGUUUAUUUCUAUACCAAAGAAUAUAUGCAUGGUAUUAUGACAGAAUAG